AUGGGUAAAUCGCAGUCAAAGCUCUCCCAAGAGCAACUGGCCGAGCUGCAGAAGUCGACACAUUUUGACAAGAAGGAACUCCAGCAAUGGUAUAAGGGCUUCCUCAAGGACUGCCCCUCGGGGAUGCUCUCCAAGGAGGAGUUCCAGAAGAUAUACCGGCAGUUCUUCCCGUUCGGCGACCCGUCGUCCUUUGCCGACUACGUCUUCAACGUCUUCGACAGCGACAAGUCGGGCACGAUCGACUUCAAGGAGUUCAUCUGCGCCCUGAGCGUUACGAGCCGCGGCAAGAUGGAGGACAAGCUCGACUGGGCCUUCCAGCUCUACGACAUUGACGGGGACGGCAAGAUAAGCUACGAGGAGAUGCUCAAGAUUGUGGAGGCGAUUUACAAGAUGGUUGGCUCCAUGGUCAAGCUCCCCGAAGACGAAGAUACCCCCGAGAAGCGUGUGCGGAAGAUCUUCCGCAUGAUGGACAAGGACGAGAACGGCAGCCUAGACAUGGAGGAGUUCAAGGAGGGCAGCAAACGUGACGAGACGAUCGUGUCCGCGCUAUCGCUAUACGACGGGUUAGUUUAA